UAGCAAGCGACGCGAUUGAUGUCAAGGAGAAACAAGCAAAGUGAAUGAUGAGCGGCGACGACAUGAUAAAAUAAAUACUGAUUGCAAUGGAAGACACAUUCACAUCUCGUGAUGCACACCAACACCAAAAAGGAGAAAACAAACAAAAUCACCUCACCUACUGAUUGUUCUGCGUGUACGUUGUGCCUUUGUCACUUGUCACUCCAUGCUCAAGACCUGGUACUUCGAUGGAGGUAUCCCGCGGUGAUGAACAGAGAUUCAUUGUGUGCAACCUUGGAGUUCCAAAGGAGCUUCAGCGGCCAGGAGCAGAAGAUGGCGAGUUACUUCGAAAAUAUCGUUCAGCAAUCCUGCCGGUAGCGCACCAGGAUUCACUGGUAAGCAUCGCAAGCACUUAUACUCUCGCGGCCGCGGUGCCACCGGCAUCUCUAGAUGCUGUACGGCCGAAAUCCUCCUCAGUCCUGGUUAAUCUGCAUCAUAGUGCGUGAUUAUACAAGUACAUCUCCUGCUGAGGAUGGACAUUACUAAGGUGCGGAAAAUGGAAUUGGCCUUAUCCCUUACCGAUAUUGUGCUGCCCUGGGAAAGGUUUUACCGACGACAUGUGCCCUUCCCGCCGUCCGCGUCGACAUGGUCCCUCUUUACCAUUCCCGAAAAAUUGCCGGCGACUCAUUCCUGAGUCGUUCUCUGGUCCGAAACAACGGACCAGUACGACACAUUGAAACGGCAUACAUGCUGAAUCCGGAAAAGAUCAUGAUGAUAGACCAGCCAGUUCAUUAUUUGCUAUCAAGAAGCCAGCCUCGGCUGUGUGGCGCUAAAUCACGAUCAGACAGAAACAAACACCCAAUUCCCGCGAGACCAGUAUGGCCUCAGAAAGCUCCUUGCACCCGCAUGGCGCCUUCGACAGAAGGCUCCCACUCGUUCUUGUUCUUGCAAUAUAGCUCAAAACUCGGUUUGUGGAUCUUGUCGAACAGACCCAUCUUGAUGACUAUGUGUGGAAAUGUCUCAGUAUAACUCGCCAAUUCAGAUCUGGAGGUAUGUCACCAAAGACGCUCACUAGCAACUCACUUUUUACUCCUGGAUAUCUGGAUGAGGUUGACAUGAUCGGACUGCAAACUCUCGUCAGCCAGUUCCACCAGUAUUGCGAAAUCAGCAAACAGAGAGCCGAAGUCUUGAUUGCGUCGAUAUCGAGUAUCGAUCUAGGGGCGGGAGUUGAACUCACCAUCCGCAUGACCCACAGAACCACCUAUGAAGAAGUACUCCGCUAUCUGUGUGACGGUCUUGGUAAUCUUUGGGUGUGCCGGUUAUAGUCACAUCGGCGUCAGGGUACAUGGCAACGUAGGUCCCAACUGCGAAUUCAUCAGCGACAUGAAGACAAUGUGGAUGACGAGUCCGUACGAGCGCCACUUUGUCUUCGACAAUUCGAGCAAUGACAGAAGAUCGGCUCGCUUCUCUCGGCGGCAGCGUCUUUCACAGUGACGUGGAUGGCACCGCAGUUGCAUUGUCCUUUCAAAGGCAUUUUGGAUCAAUACCCCUAUAUCCUCGGCUUGCCACCCUCGCACACGGUUCCGCCACCUCGGUCGAGCCGUGAAACGGAGGUCCCGUUUACCUUAUCCGCCGCUACAAGUUCACAGGUGCUACAAUGCUCGCCCGCCGAAGCUGAUUUGGUCCGAAAUCCCAGGGUCGAGGGGCCAUCGGCGACAGAUCGGAGGACUUUGUCCAGUUGACUCGUCACUGCACGACCUCCGUCAUUAGAUUGUCCGGCCACCGUGGUGCGUCUUUGCCGUUGCCUCUGGUGCCUACAUUAUAGCCCGGGCGGACCUGGUCGUUGUCGAACUUGACGAUUGGUUUGAUGGUGCGCACGACGGCACCGAUGGCUUUGGUCUCGCGAUCUUCAAAGAACGACGGCUGGAAGAUGCUGCCGUUCUUGGCGAUCAUCUCCAUAUAUCGAGGUAUCAGGUAGUUCAUGUUGUGGUAACACCUGAGCGCCCAGUAAGUUACUCAGAGUGCCUUUCCCUUAACGAGCAAGACGGGAGUGCAAGGGACGGUGUCAAGGAAAGGACCUCACCUG